GGAGUGCCGAUCCCGAUCCCGGUUCCAUGGCGGGGAGGGUGCUGGAGCUGAAGGAGCAGCUGAGCCGCGCUCGGGAGCCCGCGGAGAUCAUAACAACACUUAAGGUACUACAGGAUUUGGAUUUAUCACUGGAUAUUCUAGUGGAAACUGGCAUAGGCAAAACAGUUAACAGUUUGAGGAAACAUGUCACUGCUGGGAAUAUAGCUAAAACUCUGGUGAAAAAAUGGAAAAAGCUUGUUUCUACAGAAAAUAAAAGUGGUCACAGAGGAAAAAAAUAUACUGAAAAAGAAAAAUGUGAGACAAAAUCUUCUGUUUCCAAGGAGAUUAAGCCUUCAAAGAAGUCCAGAGCAUCUGUACAGGCCUUUAGAAGCCCCAACAGCACUCCCAUUUCUAAAACCUUGAAUAAGGAGUGUAUUUGUAGUGAAAAGACCCAUCAAAGUACAGAUUCUGAGUCUCCAAAAGAAUGUGAUAAUGAAGAAUGUAGCAGCAGUGGUUCUAAGCACGCUUCCUGGGGUACCAAUUCUCAGUCUAAAGGCAGUGAGUUCAAAGGGAGCAACUCCACAGAGAGCAAGAAAGUUUCAGAAAAGCAGCGUUUCUCUGCAGCUGAUAAAGGCUUAUCACCUCUGGGGGAAAUGUCUAGUAAGGAUACUUCUGAACAGAGAAGUCCUAAACGUGUGAAGAAAGCAAAACAAAAACUUGUCAUAAAAAGCAAAGCCAAAUUAUCUAGUGAUGAGGAAUUUGAGCCCCCUACUAUGUCUUUUGAAUCCUAUCUUAAUUAUGAUCAAGUUACAAAUAAAAGAAAGAGGAAGGCUAGGGCUACAGGUGCACGGCCAAAGAAAUGCAGUGAGCAGAAGAACAGGUCAUUACCACAAAAGACCUCAAAACUUUCUCAUGCAGAAGAGGGAGUGGAAGACUUUAAAAAAUGUGAGAGUGAUCAAUCAGAAACUCCCAGUAAAAAGGCUAAGGUGGCAUCCCUCCAGGAGCUUCUUAAUACUCCAUUACCUAAAUUUCUGACAGGCAUCUCAAACUCAUAUGUUGCAGACUUUACAGCUUCUGUAGCACCUGUUGUGGAAGCACCUCAGCAAGUCAGUGAGAUGGUUCAAUUCCCAGGACGGAGAGUCAACUCUAAAAUGCAAGUUUACUCUGGCUCUAAAACAGUCUGUCUGUCAAAGAUGCUUACACUGUAUGAACAGUGCAUCCGCGUGCUUCAGAAUAAUAUUGACUGCAGGCAAGUAAAACUGGCUUACAUGAGCAGUGCAGCAAAACCACCCAGGGACAUUCGCCGACAGCAAGAAAUCCAUGGGACAGCAGGACCCGUCACCCCAUUUCAUCCCAUACAGAAAACAGGGAUUCCAGAAAGCAGAGACAGAAAUAACACAUUAUCAAAUCUGAUUCCUGCUGGCAACACUGGAAGUUCUAGCUCAGGUGUCAUGAUUCAAGAUGGAAAGAAGCCAAUCAAAAAAAUUGGACCAAUCAUGAAGAAAACUUUGAAAGCAUUGAAGAGUAGACCUGGACGGUGAUAAAAUGAAGCUGCAUAUUUGAAGCUUACGUGAUGUGACUAUUUGUGUAUCAUGCUACAGCAAAUGAAUAUAAUGUUCAUGUAAACAAUGUUCAAUGUGCCCUAGAUAAGAGUUAUGAAACAUUGUAAGGGCAAGUGAUUAGCAAUAAAAAUUGAAACAU